AUGGAGUUGCUUGAGUCGAAACCAUUGAGUGCUAUUAGUAUGGUUAUUGAUUCGAUUGGAGUGGAUCAUGAUAGUCAGAACAAGUGUAAUUGCUGCAAUGAGCAAAUUUACGAUCGUUUCAUUUAUCGAAUGGACAACCGCUCAUAUCAUGAAAACUGUGUGAAAUGUACAAUCUGUGAGUCCCCGCUGGCAGAGAAAUGUUUCUGGAAGAAUGGAAGGAUUUAUUGCAGUCAGCAUUACUAUAAAGAUCAUAGCUCUCACAGAUGUGCCGGUUGCAAGAAGGGAGUCUCACCAACCGACAUGGUUUACAAGUUAAAGGCAGGCCUAGUCUUCCACGUAGAAUGCCAUUGCUGCUCUCUUUGUGGUCGUCAUCUGUCUCCCGGAGAACAAAUUCUUGUCGAUGACACCAUGAUGACCGUAUCCUGCAUGGCCCAUUACCCACCUCAAAUGGAUGAUUCUUGUGGUCCACCUGCUGGAACAUCUGAAGUUCCAUCAUGCUCCUCUGACUCUGCAAUCGCCCCCUACCCCAUGGAUGAAGGGUUUCCUUCUGCAUUCCAAGUUAAAAAGGAAGUCGAUGCCUACGGAUACAAUUUUGAGCACUAUAGCUUCUCUGAUUUUUGCGAUGAUGAUUCCCGGAUGUUGAAGAGGAGAGGGCCGAGGACAACGAUCAAACAAAACCAACUUGACGUUCUGAAUGAGAUGUUCUCAAACACCCCGAAGCCUUCGAAGCAUGCCAGAGCAAAGUUGGCAUUGGAGACUGGAUUAAGCAUGAGAGUGAUUCAAGUAUGGUUCCAGAAUCGGAGAAGCAAGGAGAGAAGAUUGAAGCAUUUGUGCAAUUAUUUGAGACAUUAUGAGCAGAGAGGACUCAUUCCGCCUCCAAUUCAUUUCAGAAAUGAGGAAAUGGACACAACUGACUUCAACUCAUUCUGCGGAAAUUUCGAAGAGGAAGAUGAUGAAGAUUGA